UCUAAAACUCAUAUAUCAUAUCUAUAUCUAUAAAUUGGACUAAGACAAAAAUUAUAAUAGAAACAGGACGGCAUUAAACUAUUAUUAAUAGUUUUCUAUAUAUGGUGAUUAUCUCUUUAGUUAGAGAGAAACAAGAUUCACAAAGCAAGCCACAUAAAAAGAACUAUGGAAGACGGUGUUACAGAAGUUCGUAGUUUGUUUCCUCCACCAAAUCAUAAUCCAGAAGAGGGAUCCAAAAGAAAAUAUAAUGAAGAAAAUGAAGAAGGGUUUGUCUCAACAGAAAAGGCUGAAAAAGUGAAACAGAAAGGUCUUGAUAUAGAAGAAGCAAAAGACAGUUCAAGUGGAGGUGGAGGUGUAAUUAGCAACUUUAUCUCGAAUUUUAUGACUCCUUUGAGUCCAAGAACAGGGAAAGUUACUACUGAAGAUGAAAGUGGAAAUGAGGUGUUUGAGAAAGAGGAAGAGAUUGGUAACAAUGGUGGAGAAAAAGGGGUCAUAAGUAAUCUUGUUUCUAACUUCUUUCAUAGAAAUGAAUCUGAAGAAGGUGUGGUGAAAACUGAGAACAAAGAGAAGGAAGAUGAUGAGGAAAUCAAAGGUGGUGAAAAGAUUAAGAGAUUGAAGACAGAUCAGACUGAAGCUAAUGGUGGCAGCAGUGGCGGUGGAGGCCUUAUUCAUGACAUUGUAUCUCAUUUACCUACUUCUAUCCCAGAUGAUGCAGCUCCUACAGCAGAUGAGGCGACUAUUUUGAUUAACUCUCUUGUUCGUGACUAAGCAGACACAUCAAAAUGGGAUUCUUUUGCAAUGUAUCAUGUAUUUUAUUUUUUCAGUCCUUUUCUACAGAUGUUAUUUUUGGGGUGAACUUUUGUAUUAUGCCUCAGUUUGUACUCUUUAUGUUAUGUCUGCCAUAAUCAAAAUUAGUAAUCUUUGGACUUUGGUCUAAA